AUGGAGAACGAAGAAAGAGCUCACUUAGAGUCACAUUAUCAGACUGAGUUGGAGUCUGUAAAGAAUGAAGUUUCUCGGCUAACCGACUUACUUGAGCAACUUCUAAAGGCUAAGAAUGGGGAGGGAACAUCAGCACGACAGCUUGAAGGAGCGCCAGCAGUUCACAUUCCUCAAGCAUCCCAAAACCAGGGGGCAAACUCGGCCAAUGAACAACAGUUUGUGCCUAUUACUCCUAUCUUACCACCUCAUACUCCAGUCACUGUUGACUUAACAACGGAGGGAGUCCCGGAUAAUAGCUCCUCUCAACAUUUCUAUGAUGCGGUACGAAUAGCUGAGAGGAUAGAACAGGGGAUUAAAGCUGGGCGAAUAGCGAUGCCAGUGGAAAAGAAGGGUUUUAUUGGAAGAAAGAGAGAAGGUGAUGUUAACAAUUUGGAAGACGGGUAUAAGGGCAAGAAAGUAGGUUCUCACAAUCCACAACCCGAUUUAACUUGUGAGUACCAUGCGGGUAAUCCCGGGCAUGGGAUUGAAACCUGUUACGCUUUCAAGAAAAGAUUGCUGGAGCUUAUUAAGAUAGGAUGGGUAUCCUUUGAAGACAAGCCCAAUGUUAAUUCAAACCCGUUGCCUAAGCAUGCUUCAAGUAGUAGUGGAAUAGGCAUGAUAGAAGUUGGAAAUCAAUGCAAGGUGCUGAAGGUGUCUAUGGAAAAGAUGUACUACAUGUUAGUACGAUCAGGAUUUCUAGAGGCAAAUAUGGAAGGCCAUUCGGAGGGAGGUAGUUAUUGUGAGUUUCAUGGAAGAGAUGGACACUAUAUUGAGGAUUGCAUCGAGUUUUGCGAAAAGAUUGCAAAAAUGUUAAAAAUGGGGCAAUUGAGAAUUGAACCCAUGGAGAACAGGGGUGAGGUGAGUAUGAUGGAAGGUCAGAUGGAGAUGACAGGAGUAUGCAGGGUCCAACAAACAGCUAAUGGUCCCCCAAGGCUAAUCUUGGUUAAACCGUCCCACACAAAAGGGAAUCACAAUGCCAUGCCUUAUAAUUAUGGUUAUGCCUCCAACGUUCAAGCUCCUCUUCCUUUGUUCCAGACUGAGAUAAGUGGGUUGACCAGGAGUGGUCGUUGCUUUACUUCCGAGGAGUUGAGGAAGGAAAAGGGUAAAGAAGUGGUAGAUCUUGACAAAGCACUAGAAGUUAAUAAGCCAGUAACAGAAGAGGAGUCGAAUGAAUUCCUGAAGUUGAUCAAGCAUAUGGGAAGGAUCCAUGCAACUAAUUACCUGUACUUCACGGCUGAUGAGCUUGAUGCUGAAGGUACCGGACAUAACAAGCCCUUAUACAUUACGGUUAGGUGUAAGGAUUGCCUCAUAGGAAAAGUACUCAUUGAUAAUGGCUCGGCCCUUAACGUGUUGCCAAAGCACAUGUUGGAAGAAAUGCCGAUCGAUGAAUCCCAUAUAAAGCCAAGUACUAUGAUGGCCAGAGCGUAUGAUGGCUCACCUAGGCCAAUAAUUGGGACUCUAGAAGUGGAGCUAUAUGUGGGACCACAAAUGUUCCUAGCUGAGGAGACAGUAUCCAUGAUAAAGAAUGUAGCCGUGCCUUUUAUCGAAGCGAAUGAUUGCAAGGAUAACAAUAUCCAUGCCUUUGAAAUUGUGAACGCUGACUGGGUGCCGGAGAACACAGUGCUAAGAAGGCCAAGGAUCUCAGAAGCAGCAAGGAUGGCAAGUCUAUGCUUUUUGAACCGCGGGAUCCCAUUUCAGUAUAACUUUAUUAUCAGGAUACCAGAAGGGGUUAAUCUGGCAAGGAUGAAAAGUGCUGCUCAAAAAUUUGGGUUAGGGUACCAACCUAACCAAAAGGAUUAUCGGUGGGCUGCUGGUCGGAGAAGGGCAAGAAGGAUGGCUAGAAUUAAAGGAAGAGAGCCUGAUGAAGAAAAGCUAGAAAUCCCUCCCCUUAGCGUGUCAUUCCCAAAAGCUGCAUACAUAAUGCAACAUGAUAAAGAAGCCGAAAGCCUUGAUCAAGAGCUGUCAAACAUGAGCAUAAAUACCUUGGGGGAAAACAAGGUGGAAGGAGAUGACAUGAAGACAGUAGCAAGAAAGGGAGACGAAGCACUCCCACAACUGACGGUCUACACCAUAGAAGAAGUCUCCGCCAAGACCUUUGUGCGCAAGCUAGUAGAACAACAGGAACAAACUUGGAAACCUGCUGCAGAGGAACUCGAAACCAUCAAUGUGGGUAGUGAUCAGCUCAAGAAAGAGUUGAAAAUAGGUACCUUAGUUACUUCUGAACAAAGGACAAAAAUGAUCGCCCUGUUACAAGAAUAUGCAGAUGUCUUUGCUUGGUCUUAUGAAGAUAUGCCCGGUUUGGACACAAAUAUUGUAGUACACAAGAUACCAUUGGAAGAAGGUUGUAAACCAGUCAAACAGAAGCUGAGGAGGGCCCACCCGGAUGUCUGGAUCAAGGUCAAGGCAGAACUCGAGAAGCAAUGGGAUGCUGGUUUUCUAGAAGUAGUUAGAUAUCCACAAUGGGUAUCUAACAUUGUUGUGGUGCCUAAGAAGGAGGGGAAGAUUAGAGUAUGCGUGGAUUUUCGGAAUUUGAAUAAAGCUAGCCCCAAGGAUGAUUUUCCUCUACCACAAAUAGAUGUUUUGGUGGACAACACGGCCCGGAGUUCCACAUAUUCCUUUAUGGAUGGUUUUUCAGGAUACAACCAGAUAAAAAUGGCUCCGGAGGAUAAGACGAAAACAACUUUUGUCACACCGUGGGAGACAUUCUGCUAUAAGGUCAUGCCAUUUGGAUUGAAGAAUGCAGGAGCAACCUAUCAAAGAGCAAUGGUGACUUUGUUCCACGACAUGAUGCACAAGGAAAUUGAGGUGUAUGUAGACGACAUGAUUGCCAAGUCUAAAAGAGGAGAGGAUCAUGUCGAAGUUUUGAGGAAGUUGUUUGAGAGAUUGAGGAAGUAUGAAUUAAGGCUCAAUCCUGCAAAAUGUUCAUUUGGAGUUAAAUCGGGUAAGCUGUUAGGAUUUGUUGUAAGUGAUAGAGGUAUAGAGGUGGAUCCAGAUAAAGUAAGGGCCAUCCAAGCUAUGUCAUCCCCUAAGACGGAGAAGGAAGUAAGAGGAUUCUUGGGAAGGAUAAACUACAUUGCUCGGUUCAUAGCUCAGUUAACAACGACGUGUGAACCAAUAUUCCGACUACUAAGGAAAAAGAAUCCUGGAACCUGGAAUGAGGAGUGUGAGGAGGCAUUCAAUAAAAUCAAGCAUUAUUUGCAAAAUCCACCUUUACUGGUCCCUCCGGUAUCGGGAAAACCUCUAGUAUUGUAUCUAACAGUGACUGAAGCAGCCAUGGGAUGUGUAUUGGGUCAGCAUGAUGAAACCGGAAGGAAGGAAAGAGCUAUUUAUUACUUAAGCAAGAAAUUCACUGAAUGUGAGUCUAGAUACACGGAGAUAGAAAGGCUUUGUUGUGCGUUGGUGUGGGCAGCAAAGAGGUUGCGGCAUUAUAUGUUAUACUAUACCACUUGGUUGAUUUCAAAAGUGGAUCCUCUGAGGUACAUUUGUAACAAGCCAUUUCUCUCAAGUCGAAUUGCAAGGUGGCAAGUGCUAUUAGCAGAAUAUGACAUAGUGUACAUGACAAGGAAAGCCGUAAAAGGAAGUGCAAUCGCGGACCAUCUGGCUGAUAAUGCUGUUGAAGAUUACGAACCUUUGGAUUUUGACUUUCCUGAUGAAGAUAUAUUGUCAAUAGAGAAAGAAGAAGAGAAGACAGAUUGGUGGACGAUGUUUUUUGACGGUGCUGUGAAUGUAUAUGGUAACGGGGCCGGUGCGGUAAUAAUCUCUCCAGAUAAGAAACAGUAUCCAGUUUCGGUUAAACUACAUUUCGAGUGCACCAACAACACAGCUGAGUAUGAAGCUUGUAUCCUCGGGUUAGAAGCGACAUUAGAGUUGAAGAUAAAGAAGUUAGAUGUAUAUGGAGAUUCAAUGUUGAUUAUCUGUCAGGUUAAAGGGGAAUGGCAGACUAAGGAGGAAAAGUUAAGGCCGUACCAAGAAUACCUAUCCACGCUAGCAAAGGAAUUUGAAGAAAUUAGAUUCACCCAUCUGGGAAGGGAGGGGAAUCAUUUUGCGGAUGCUUUGGCCACACUAGCUGCUAUGACUACCAUUGAUCUCAAGUGCAAAGUACAACCGGUACACAUUGACAUUAGAAAUGACCCAGCUCAUUGUUGCUUAGUUGAAGGAGAGAUAGACGGACAGCCUUGGUAUUAUGAUAUCAAGAACCUUGUGCAAAAUCAGGAAUAUCCGAUGGGAGCUUCCAAAACGGAUAAGAAAACCUUGAGAAGGUUGGCUAUAGACUUCUAUUUAGAUGGAGAGAUUUUGUACAAAAGAUCAUUUGAUGGAACCCUGCUAAGGUGUUUGAAUGAGGCAGAUGCUAGAAAGGCAUUGCGGGAGGUCCAUGAGGGGAUUUGCUCAACCCAUGCUAGCGGACAUAUGAUAGCAAGGAAAAUCCAAAGGGCUGGUUAUUUUUGGAUGACACUAGAGAAGGACUGUAUCGACUAUGUCAGGAAAUGUCAUAAAUGUCAAGUUUACAGUGACAAGGUCAAUAUGCCACCAGCUCCUCUAUUUAAUCUGAUAUCUCCUUGGCCAUUUGCAAUGUGGGGAAUCGACGUGAUCGGACCUGUUAACCCAAAAGCUAGCAACGGUCAUAGAUUCAUCCUUGUGGCUAUUGACUACUUCACCAAAUGGGUGGAAGCUAAUUCGUAUGCCCAUGUAACACAGAAGGUAGUGAAGAGGUUCAUAGAAAAGGAUUUGAUUUGUCGAUAUGGUCCUCCGGAAAAGAUAGUGACAGAUAAUGCACAGAAUUUCAAUGGCAAAAUGAUAGUGGAGCUGUGUACUAAAUGGAAAAUCAAGCAUUCGAAUUCCUCACCAUACCGACCAAAAAUGAAUGGCGCAGUAGAAGCCGCCAACAAGAACAUCAAGAAGAUUAUUCAGAAAAUGGUAGUCACAUACAGAGAUUGGCAUGCGAUGUUGUCAUUCGCUCUUCACGCAUACCGCACUACAGUUAGGACCUCGACGGGAACAACUCCAUAUUCUUUGGUGUACGGUAUGGAAGCAGUUAUGCCUUUGGAAGUAGAAAUCCCGUCGUUAAGAGUAUUGAUGGACUCCGAAUUAGAAGAGGCCGAGUGGGCCAAAGUGAGAUAUGAGCAACUGAACCUGAUCAGUGAAAAGAGGAUGGCUGCAAUAUGUCAUCACCAACUGUACCAGAAACGAAUGGCCAAGGCAUAUGAUAAGAAGGUUAGACCGCGGUUGUUUCAAGAAGGGGAUCUAGUAUUGAAGAAAAUAUUGUCACUACCUGGAGACGAUCAAAGCAAAUGGGCACCGAAUUACGAAGGUCCUUACAUAGUAAAGAAGGCAUUCUCAGGAGGAGCACUGAAGUUGGCUAGAAUGGAUGGAGAAGACCUAGCUCGACCUGUGAAUUCUGACUCUGUAAAAAGAUAUUAUGCUUGAUGUAGGCUCCUAAAUCAAUAAAGCAAAG